GCAAUUACUCGCACCACUUGAUAAAUCCUGAUAACAAAACAAGCGUGCUGGUCGUCUCACCAACCGGCUUGCCCUUAUUUUUGCACCUCACUCGCGGAUAAGUCGCGUAAUUGUUACACAACACUCUAUCAUCAUGAGUUCUAGCUGCGUUGGUAGACCAGGACUUAGAGGUCCGCGCUUGCGCGAAUGCGCCAGGGUUCAUAGGGGCUCGCGAGCACUGAGGCCCAUUUGCGCCGCGUCGCCUCCAGAAGGACCCAAACCGUCUGGCCCGGGGCCCAACCUAGCGGACCCGGUGGGGACCAUUGCCUGGGGCGGCACACUGCCCAGCACUCGGCGAGCGGUGCUUGGAGGGCUAAGCGGCCUCGGCAUUGCUCUGGGCGGCAAUCUGGGCGGCUGCACUAGCUUUUUGCUUGGGCUUGACGGCGGCCAGCUGGCGGGCCGGCUGCGGGCGGACGUGCUUAUCCCCGUGCGUGGAAUCAAACGAUGCGUGUACGGCAGCGGUGGCAGCGGAUUCGAGUUCACCUACCCGGCCAGCUGGCUCGGGGACCAGACGCUGGCCUACCGGGCAGCCAAGCGGGCGGAGGCGGCGCGCGGCGGCCCUCCCACCUUUGGCAGCCGGCGAGAUGACUUUGACGACUCCGGGUUCCCGGCGCUCAGCCCACCGCGGAGGCCGGCUCCGCAACAGGCGCGAGGGGCGGAGGUGGCGGAGCCGGUGGUGGCGUUCGGGCCGCCAGGCACCACGGGCGAGGAGAACGUCAGCGUCAUCGUGGCGCCUAUCAUGGCGGGGUUCAGCCUGGACAGCCUGGGCGGCCCGCGGGAUGCGGCGGAGCGCUUCCUCGCCAGCCUGGCGCCGCCCAGCAGCGGCCUGGAGGCGACGCUAUUCAGUGCCGAGGGCCGUACGGACGGCUCGCAGCUGUACUACACACUGGAGUACACGGUGAAGGGGCCCAGGUUCUACCGGCAUAACGUGUCCGUCUACACGGCCAGGGAAAACCAGCUCUUCACCUUCAACGCACAGUGCCCCGAGGCCCGGUGGCAGGAGGAUGCGGCAGCGCUGCUGGCCGCUGCGGCGUCGUUCCGCCUCACGUGAUGAGGACAAGGCCGUACUGGAGCCCAGCACCUUGCCCACCUAGGAAUGCCGGAGGCUAUUCGUGUGUCUUGUUUGGCGUGUUCACUGUGAAGUGCGCGCUGCGUUUGGAAGCCGGGGCCAUGCAUGCGAAGGGCUGGUGCUACUUGUGCUGGUUACUGACGAAGGCGAAAGGCCGGGAGGGCGGGUGCUGGACGCUAUGGCGAGACAGCGGGCGUGUCGUGUCACCUCACCGUGCGAAUGACUGGAGACAGGCACUGUAAGCAUUUGCCAGC